ACAGCGGGUCGAGUCCGGACACCAAUCCAGCGCGCACGGUGCAGCAAAGGGUUCCAAGAGUGGCGCCGAGGAUCGCCGAGCACAAGAGGGCUCGGGAACUAGUCUACGCUCAGUCCGGGCUGCCCCGAACUCAGCUCCGCAGUCUCAGCCCUGGGAAAGUGAUCCCGGUGUCCGAGAGCCCAGAUGCCGGCCCACUUGCUGCAGGAGGAGAUCUCUAGCUCCUACACAACCACCACCACCAUCACAGCGCCUCCCUCCAGGGUCCUGCAGAAUGGAGGGGACAAGUUGGAGAAGACUCCCUUAUACUUGGAAGAAGACAUCCGCCCUGAAAUGAAAGAUGACAUAUAUGACCCAAGCUACCAGGAUAAGGAGGGCCCAAGGCCCAAGCUUGUGUAUGUCUGGAGAAACAUCAUCCUCAUGGGUCUGCUGCAUUUGGGAGCCCUGUAUGGGAUCACAUUGAUCCCUACCUGCAAGUUCUACACCUUCUGCUGGGUGCUUUUCUACUAUAUGAUGAGUGCCCUGGGCAUAACAGCAGGAGCUCAUCGCCUGUGGAGUCACCGAUCUUAUAAAGCUCGGCUGCCGCUGCGGGUCUUCCUGAUCAUUGCCAACACCAUGGCAUUCCAGAAUGACAUUUUUGAAUGGGCCCGAGACCACCGUGCCCACCACAAGUUUUCGGAAACAGAUGCUGAUCCCCACAAUUCCCGACGAGGCUUUUUCUUCUCGCAUGUGGGUUGGCUGCUUGUGCGCAAACACCCCGCUGUCAAAGAGAAAGGUGCUUUGCUAGACUUGUCUGACCUAAAAGCCGAGAAGCUGGUGAUGUUCCAGAGGAGGUACUACAAACCCAGCAUCCUGCUGAUGUGCUUCAUCAUGCCCACACUCGUGCCCUGGUAUUUCUGGGGUGAAACUUUUCAACACAGCUUGUACGUUGCCACUUUCCUUCGUUACGCCAUUGUGCUCAAUGUCACCUGGCUGGUGAACAGUGCUGCUCACCUGUACGGAUAUCGCCCUUACGACAAGACUAUUAACCCUCGAGAGAAUAUCCUGGUUUCACUGGGAGCUGUGGGUGAGGGCUUCCACAACUACCACCACUCCUUUCCCUAUGACUACUCUGCCAGUGAGUACCGCUGGCACAUCAACCCAACCACGUUCUUCAUCGAUUGCAUGGCUGCCCUUGGUCUGGCUUAUGACCGGAAGAAAGUAUCCAAGGCUGCCAUCUUGGCCAGGGUUAAAAGAACUGGAGACGGAAGCUACAAGAGUGGCUGAGUUUGGGGUCCCUCGGGCUCCUCUUCCAAAAGCCAGCUGGGCAGAGGUUUAAUGUUCUGUUUAUUAACUACUGAAUAAUGCUACCAGGAUGCUAAAGAUGAUGAUGUUAACCCAUUCCAGUACAGUAUUCUUUUAAAAUUUCUUUUAAAAUUGAGAACCAACAAGUCUGCCUUCAUGAUGCUAAGCUAAUAUUCUUAUUUCUUCUCUUCUCUUCUCUUCUCUUCUCUUCUCUUCUCUCUCUUCUCGUCCUAUUGUCCUUCUCUUUGCCUUGUUCCUAUCACCUUCUUUCUGUCUCUCCCCCCAACCCCCAUUGCCUCCCAGGCAAGCAGCUGGUCAGUCAUUGGUGAGUUUCCAGCUUCCAAAGCCUAGACAGUCUUCCUUGAGUCCAAAGGAUAACUCUUUCCUGGAGCUGUCCUGAGCUUUAAGGUGGGUGGCUCAAGCUAGAGAUAUGACAUCUUCUGGGAAGGCCCCUGUUAAUUAUCUUCAGCCUAGGCUUUUUCUAGAUGAAAUGGAAAAAUAACUGUAUUUUGGCACAGCUUUGAAAGCAGGUAAAUUUUCAGGGGAGCGAGUUAGCAUGCAUGGUAUGAUGGAUACGUGAGGAUGAGGUGAGGUAGGAAACAAGGCACGAAGCUCCUGUUAUGACCAGACACCCAGCUGCCUGCCCAGUGAGAGCUUCAAGCCCCACCACACAGCGCGCCGCCUUUCUCCCCUGACUCUGCCCAGGGAACGGCCGUAGAGCUCAGCAAUGCUCAAACUCAAAAGCAAAUCUCUACGUCCCAGUAUACUUUAGGCUGCAGAUAAAGAAGUAUUUAGUUUUUGGUAAAAGUGGUCUCUGCUGGGGAAGAAUUUUUUUCUUCUUCUUCUUAAAUGGUAGGAAGAUUUCUUAUUCCAUAUAACAAGAAAUCUUCAGCUUGGCUGUUUCCAGAAUUGAUGAAUGCGGCAGCUUAUGGAAUCGUCACAACUCUUUCAUCUUUCUGCUUUGCCAUCUUGGGGCUGUUGGUCAACUCCCCUCAUAGUAAUAAGGUGGCUGCAGCGUUUUGAGAUAUCCAAAGAAGGGAUGCUUUGGUGGGACAGUGGUGAACAUAUAUGCCUUCCAAAAAAGAAAGGAUUUUAGGCAGUGGAAUUGGGUCAAACAUAACGAUACACACACACACACACACACACACACAGGUACUUUGCUUGGAAUAUUAAAAUCAUUCACUUGGAGUAUUUUCCUCUAAAGGAGAGGGAGGCUUUGAAGAUGAAGAAGAAUUAGGUGAUCUGUCUGCUUUCCUCUCACUGCUGGACAGGAGAUGGAGAGGUUGAGGGGCAGGGUCUGUAGGCAGUUUCUAAGAGACAACAUUACAAGAGAAGGGCUCUGAGAAUACGUGUUGCUGGGGGAUUCAGAAGGUUACUGAGUAAGGUGUUGGGUGCCCUAAUAUGGAAGCUGGCUGGUUAUACAAACAAGUUAGAUGUUGGGUCCAUUCAUUCAUUCCAGUUUCCCUCGGAAUGAGUGAAAACUAGAAGGCUUCUCCCUACGGUGUCAAACCCUUUCACCCUUUCCUUCUGUUAACUCCUAGCCUAAAGUAUAAGACUGCCUAGGGGGGUGAGGUGGGAAUCUCUUAACUACCCCGACUAUUGAUUCCUGCUCUGUCUGUCCAUUUUCUCCUGCCAGUUCUAUCUCCUCCCUGUUGUUUUCUUCUUUCUCUGGACAGGCACGCCUCCUUUGUGUGUUUUCAGAGGCAGCUCCCUCUCCUACAGACAGAAUGCUCAGGGUCACUGAACCACUGUUUCUCUUUAUAAAGUUGAGCUAGCUGCCACUUUCACUUGGCCUCCAGAGUCUCCACCUACACCCUUGUGCUCCCCAGCCACACUAAUAACUCAAGACAAGGCUGGCAGAUCCUGCUAGAAACAUCCCAAGCACAGGCAUUCUCUCUCAUGAGGCACAGCCAAGCCAAAUGCUUGUGUUGUAUCAGUGAGCCAGCCAUGGAGCAAAAGAGGGUUUGUUUUCAGUCUCCUCCGCCUGGGUCAAACCAGAGAGCAUGCUGGAUGCCUCUGCUCACUCGGUAGGCCUGCCCAACCUGAGUCAAUGCUCCCAGCUGAUGGGUGCGAUGCUUGCAGAGUUAGGAGGGAGCCUAGUCUUCACUGGGAAGCACAAAAAGCAAAGGCAAAGUUCCAAAGUGCCUCACUCCAGAGGAGACCCCUUGCCCCGGAGCCAGGGUAUAUGGCAAAGCUUUGGCUGAGAAUUGAGAUCUGAGAGGCCAUGAACUUUACUGAACUCUCUGUUUAACAAACUAACCAGCCCUCCCCACAACAUAGCCUAGGGCAGACAAUAGCAUAGAAGAGGUCUGAGAAAAACAAGAUCAGUGUUUCGAGUACCUUGGACCACUCCUGUCCCUGUAACCUUAGUUGUCAAUGCAGCAGCCUGGCUUUACUCUCUCAAGAUUGGAAAUGUACAGUACCAAACAUUCUGUCCACGGUUGAGCCCCAGUGAUGGAAGGGAGGAGGGCAUUUCUUCCUAUAUCAAUUGAAUAGAUUUCUAAUUGAUGAUCAAAGACAACUUUACCCUUCUCUUCUGAUUGUGUUGAUGGAUCUGAUCCAUACCACAACUCUUAUGCAAGGCUGGAUGGGCUCAUCAGGCCGAAGGCCCCAGUGUGUAUGUGGACAUGUAGGUGGGGCGAGGGGGUGUCUGCUGAGUAAGGAAUCCUUUUUUCAAGAUUCUAAAGCUGAAUUCAAAUGACCCAGAAACUCAGAUCUGAUGGAGUGUGAAUUUCUAACAGUCCUUGCUUUGUAGGCGUGCUGACAACUUAUCUGGGUGCCUUACAUCUUUUCUAAUCAGUGUUGCAUCAGAGCCUGCUCUUGCUCCCUCCUUUCUCCCUCUGUGGAGGUCCUUUGCACCUGAGAGCCUGCGGAAGUGGCUGGGAGAAAGGGGGGCCUAACUGGAGAAUGAUCAGUAUAGCUAUUUGCAGAAUUCCCUUCUGGAAACUUUCUGUAGGGCUGUUUUUAUUAAAAGUGCCCACAUUUGAUGGAGGGUGGAAGGAAUCUGAAUGUAUUUGAUUUAUAAUUUCUUUUUUUUAGAUUAAAAGAUGGUUAUAGCAUUUAAAAUGGAAACUUUUUCUCCUGGUUAGCUAGUAUCCUGAGUGUAUUCUCUGUAAGUGUAGCUCAGAUGGGUCAGCGUGAAAAGUUAAAGAAAGCACCAUGUCAAUGUUAAUGCAGUUGGUUACGGCCAGGGCCUCUCCUACCACUGUGCCACUGACUUGCUGUGUGACCCUGGGCAAGUCAUUUAACUAUAAUGUGCCUCAGUUUUCCUUCUGUUAAAAUGGGAUAAUAAUACUGACCUACCUCAAAGGGCAGUUUUGAGGCGUGACUAAUGCUUUUUAUAAAGCAUUUUGGGAUCCUUCAGCAGAGGAAUUCUCUUAUGUCCUGAAUAUUUUUAUAGUAGCAGUAUCCACCAUGAACCAUGUCCACCAUGAACCAUGUGUCCUGGAUGCUAUCCUCAAUCCAUAUGGUUCUCUCUGAGUGAUGGAAUAUAAACCCAUUAGAUAAGUGGUGGAUAACUAGCCAGACAAAAGUUGAGACUGCAAACUCAUUGCCAUGGAAACAUACAAAGGAUAUCUUUUCCUUGAUUGGGUGGGAUUUUUCCCUUUUUAUGUGGGAUAGUAGUUAUUUGUGAUCUAAGAAUAAUUUUGGAAUAAUUUCGGAAUAAUUUCUAUUAAUAUCAACUCUGAAGCUAGUAGUACUGAUCUGAGGUUGUGUUUGUUCAUAAUAAAAGUGAAGUGAAUUUGA